AUGCUAACCCCUUCGGGCAAGAGAAAUCAAAGUAAAUACUGCCAUUUUCAUAGAGACCACGGGCAUGAUACCAAAGAAUGCCUACAGUUAAAAGAAGAAAUUGAGCGCCUGCUGAGAUGGGAGCUAUUGGCAAAGUAUGUGAAAAACGAUAAGGGCAGGCAAAGGGUCGAAGGUAGACCCCCACCAAGAGCAGGAGUGAUAAACAUGAUCAUCGGAGGAGUAGCAUCGGGCGGCGACUCAAAUUCAGCUAGGAAGAGUUAUGCGCGUUCAUUAAGGGUCUGCUCUAUACAGAAAAAAGCAAGAUUCAACCAGAGUAUAACUUUCGAUGAAGAGGACUUGAUUGGUGUAACUCACCCCCAUGAUGACGCCUUAGUAAUAGUAGGCGAGAUUGCGAAUUUUGACAUGAAGAGGGUAUUAGUCGAUGGAGGGAGUGCGGCAAAUGUCCUCACCUGGGAUGCCUUCUUGGGUCUAAAAAUCCCUCAAGAAAGGUUGAAGGUGGUGACUACCCCCCUACAAGGCUUUGGAGGGGCAACAGUGAUACCGAAAGGGACUGUAGAGCUUUCAGUCACGCUUGGGACAUACCCAGCGACAGUGGUGAUCGUGACUAAUUUCUUGGUUGUCAAGACCCCCAUGGCUUACAACGCUAUCUACGGCCGGCCAUUGCUAAAUGCAGCUGGCACGGUCCCAUCGACAUACCAUCAAAUUAUGAAGUUCCCAACCAGCAGGGGGAUCGGGAGCGUGCGAGGAGACCAGCAUGCAUCAAGAAAGUGCUAUGUGGAUAGUAUACAAGCCAAAAGGCCACCAUCAGUCAUGAUGCUGGAUGUAGAACUCCUGAGGGAGAGGAUCGAGCCGCUUGAUAUGAUUGAAAAAAUCUUUAUUGACGAAGGAAAGGAGUUUCUUGUUGGAGCAGGUCUGGGAUCCAAAGAGAAGAAAAAAUUGGCGAAGUGUCUAGCCGAAAAUUUGGAUGUCUUCGCUUGGAACCUAAAGGAUAUCUCGGGGAUUAGCUCAACUAUCGCGCAGCACCGCCUUGGUGUCCAGCCAGGGGCUAAGCCAGUGAAGCAGAAAAAGAGAAACCUUGCCCCUGAGAGGCAGGCUGCGGCCAGAGCAGAGGUGGAAAAAUUGCUACAGGCGAGUUUUAUCCGAGAGGUGCAAUACCCCGAGUGGUUGGCAAAUGUUGUACUUGUGAAGAUGUCAAAUGGAAAAUGGCGCAUGUGUGUAGACUAUACUGGGUUGAAUAAGGUAUGCCCAAAAGACUCAUACCCACUUCCCAGAAUAGAUCAACUGGUGGACGCAACGUCGGGUCAUGAAAGGCUCAGCUUUCUAGAUGCAUUUUCGGGGUAUCAUCAAAUUUCAAUGGCCGAGGCCGAUCAAGAGAAGACGUCAUUUAUCACGGACUUCGGCACAUACUGUUACACAGCCAUGCCAUUUGGCCUGAAAAAUGCAGGAGCGACGUAUCAGAGGAUGGUGAACAAUGUCUUUCGUGGGCUAAUCGGGGGUGUCGUAGAAGUCUAUGUUGACGAUAUGGUGGUCAAGAGUGCCAGAGCCAAUGACCAUGUGGCCUGUUUGCAAAAAGUGUUUGACGUUGCCCGACAAAGCAGAUUAAGGUUCAAUCCAGAGAAGUGUGUUUUUGUAACCGCAGGUGGAAAAUUUCUAGGUUUCAUGAUCACGCAAAGGGGCAUCGAAGUGAACCCGGACAAAAUUCGGGCAAUCCUAAAAAUGAAAAGCCCCACCAGCAGGAAGGAGGUUCAGAGGCUAACGGGGCGGGUAGCG